GUGAUUGCCCGUACAAGCAGAGAAGAUCACAUUUGCCUCUAAAAACACAGUUUCAAAUCUUGAGCUGCAUUUCCAGGCGACAACGACAUGGAUGCUACUACCACGAACAAGAAGCCCCACGCCGUGUUUGUGCCGUUCCCGGCUCAGGGGCACAUCACGCCGAUGAUGAAGCUGGCACAGAUCUUCCACCGCAAGGGCUUCCACGUCACCUUCGUCAAUACCGAGUAUAACCACCGCCGCCUCGUCCGUUCCCGCGGUCCUGACGCCGUGGCGGGCCUCCCGGACUUCCGCUUUGCCACCAUACCGGACGGCCUGCCCCCGUCGGACGCCGACACCACGCAGGACAUGCCAUCCCUCUGCUAUUCCAUCAUGACCCACUGCCUCCCCCAUCUAAGGAACCUGCUCCACGACCUCAACAGUCUGCCUGGGGCGCCGCUGGUGAGCUGCGUUGUGGCGGACGGCGUCAUGAGCUUUAGCAUGGAUGCCGCGGUGGAACUCGGCGUGCCGUGUCUGGUGUUCUGGACUGCCAGUGUGUGCGGUUUCAUGGGCUACCGCAACUUCCGGUUCCUCCUAGACGAGGGCCUCACCCCUCUCAAAGACGAAGAGCAAGUGAAGAACGCGUACUUGGACACGCAGGUGACGGAGGCACGCGGGAUGAGCAAACACAUGCGCCUCCGUGACUUCCCUUCCUUCAUCCGCACGACGGACCGUGGCGACGUGCUGUUCAACUUCCUGCUGCACGAGGUCGAGCAGUCGGACCGCGCGACCGCCGUCAUCCUCAACACCAUUGACGAGCUCGAGAAGGUGGCCCUCGACGCCAUGUGUUCCAUCCUCCCUAUGCCCGUCUACACCAUCGGCCCGCUUAACUUCCUCACUGAGCAGCUGGUCUCGGAAGGCGAUGCUGGUGGCACGCUCGCCGCCAUACGCCCCAACCUCUGGAGAGAAGACCGAUCCUGCCUCGAAUGGCUUCAGGGUAGGGAGCCCCGAUCCGUGGUGUAUGUCAACUACGGAAGCAUAACCACCAUGUCUGGGCAGGAGCUGGUGGAGUUUGCGUGGGGGCUUGCCAAUUGCGGCUACGACUUCCUCUGGAUCGUGAGGAAUGACCUGGUAAAGGGCGAUACAGCUGUGCUGCCUUCUGAGUUUCAGGAGGCGACCAAGGGUAGGUGCCUUCUUGCAAGCUGGUGCGAGCAGGAGGCGGUGUUGCGGCACGAGGCAGUGGGUGCCUUCUUGACGCACUGUGGGUGGAACUCGAUGAUGGAAGGCCUUAGUGCGGGGGUGCCAAUGUUGUGUUGGCCCUUCUUCGCCGAGCAGCAAACCAAUUCCCGUUACGCGUGUGUGGAUUGGUGCGUUGGGAUGGAAAUUGGCAAUGAUGUGCGCCGGGAGGUGGUCGAGGCAAGGUUACGGGAGGUGAUGGGAGGAGAAGGGAUGGGAAAAGAAAUGAGGCAAAAGGCGGCGGAAUGGAGCAAGAUAGCCGUUCGUGCGACGACAAAACCUGGUGGCAGGUCGUUGGCCAACCUUGAGAGUAUGUUCAAGGAUGUACUACUGACCGCCACUAAGAAUGUUGCGUAGAAUUGGGAAUUUGAGAAAUGCGAGUUUCAGUUUCUGCAUGGACCGCUGAUCCAAUAAGGCGUGGGUUAGCAUUUUGUUUGGUUGGGUUGUGGCCGUAUGAGAAGUUAUCCAUCGUGGGUUAUUAGUUGGUUGUGCUAGGGAAAUAAUGUUGCACCGAAUCAUAUGGUCAUGUGUACAUGUAAUGUAUUUUCAUUUAUGUCUGUGAGAUUUGAUACUUUGAAAAAAUAAUGGUAAGGUGGUGUACCUUCUUUCAGGAAA